AUGCUUCAGGAGGCAUACCAGAUACCGAGAUACGGGAUACGGACUACGGGGUCGAGAAGGCCAACUCGAGGUCUUGACCUACGGAAGUCGAACAAGCAAAAUCCAGAAACCGUGAAACCCGAUCAAGAUGGCGGCCUACUUCUCCCUACGUGUUGCAGGAGCUCUGCUUCUUCAAACAUUCUUGACCACGGCACGCCCCUGGGCUCGUCCUUUGGAUAUCCUGCCAAUGCUACCUAUGAUUAUGUUGUUGUCGGAGCCGGCAACGCGGGAGCUGGUUUGUCCUACCGCCUCGCAGAAGCGGGUUAUUCGGUUGCUCUUGUCGAGGCCGGAAGCUACUAUGAAAUCUCUAAUGGGAAUUUGACCCAAAUCCCCGGGGAUGAUGUCUACUGGUGUGGCAAAGACGCGUCCGAUACGAACAGCCUGGUGGAUUGGGAUAUCAUGACGGUUCCUCAAGCGGGGCUUAACAAUGCAUCUACGCAUUACACGCGCGGAAAGACCCUGGGAGGCAACACGGCGCGCAACUACAUGACCUAUCAAAUUGCGACAAACGCCUCCUACCAAAUGUGGGCGGACAUGGUCGGAGACGACAGCUACACCUACGAGAACUUUUUGCCUUAUUUCCAGAAACAUAUGCAUUUCACCCCGCCCGAUAAUGCCACCCGGUUUUCGAAUUCCUCCCCUUCCUACGACGUGGCCACCAUGGGAACCGAUGGCCCGGUGUCGGUAACCUUCCCCAACUACGCUGGAGCAUUCGCGACCUGGGUCGCCAAGGGCUGGAAGGAACUGGGAGCCAAGGCUAUUGAUGGCUUCACCAGUGGCCGUUUGAUCGGGUAUUCCUACAGUUUGGCAACCAUUCAGGCCAGCAACCAACAGCGGGAGACGUCCGAGACUGCUUACUUGCGGCCGGCCAUCGCGGAAGAGUUAAACCUCAUAAUCUAUCCCUCCACCAUGGCCAAGCAGGUUUUGUUCGACGCAUCCAAGAAGGCCACGGGAGUCCGGGUCACAUCCGCCGGCCAAGAGUACGUCUUGUCUGCGGCGCGUGAGGUCGUAGUCUCUGCUGGGGCCUUCCAAUCCCCGCAACUGCUGAUGGUCUCGGGCAUCGGUCCAUCUGCGCUGUUGAACAAGUACGACAUUCCGGUUCUCGUCGACAGUCCCGGAGUCGGUCAGAACAUGCAGGACCACAUCCUCUUUGGUCCAGCGUAUCGAGUGAACCUCGUCACCGGAUCAUCCGUGAAGUUCCCCGAAUUUCUAUCCGCCGCGAUUGAAGGAUACAACAGCCAACCCGCCACGGGGAUCCUCACCAACCCCGGCAGUGAUCUCAUCACAUGGGAGAAAAUCCCCGACGAGUUGCGAGCCAACUUCAGUACCCAGGCCAAGGCCGAGCUGGCGCGCUACCCGGCUGACUGGCCAGAGGUAGAGUACAUCCACAUCGGGGGCUAUUUCGGCAACCAGGAGAACUUCGUCCAGGAUGCACCCCAGGAUAGCUACAACUAUGUCAGCAUCGCCUCUGCCUUGAUCACCCCUCAGUCGCGCGGCACCGUGGAGAUCGUCUCCGCCGAUACCUCCGACUUGCCGGCCGUCAACCCGAACUGGCUCACCAACCCCACAGACGUCGAGGUGUCCAUUGCCGCAUUCAAGCGCGCCCGCCAGCUGAUGUCGACUUCGGCCCUGUCAGAGGUGGUCAUCGGCCCGGAGUACUUCCCGGGCCCGUCCGUCCAGACCGACGAGGAAAUCGUCGCCUGGCUCCGCGUCGCCACCAAUACCGUCUUCCACGCCAGCUGCACCUGCGCCAUGGGCAAUGUCACCAACCCCAUGAGUGUCAUCGAUUCCAAGGCCCGCGUCUAUGGCGUCUCUAACCUUCGCGUCGUCGAUGCCUCCUCUUUCCCCAUCUUGGUGCCUGGCCAUCCCAUGUCGACUAUCUAUGCGUUGGCCGAGAAGAUCGCCGAGGACAUCAUUCAAGGGAAUUAAUCCCCUAGACUACCUACCCGACUAGGCCAACGGGUUGUAUCAUCCAGGCCCCGCGUCGACUGACGAGCCCUGUCCCAUGAUGCCAGCAGACAGAUCCCAUAGGAGCUCAUCUGGCUUCAUUUUGAUUGACCCCCGGAGAUUCUCGAUCAUCACUCACAUAAUCAGAUGAAUCCUUUCAUGUCUGUGAGUACGUCGACGUUUUUUCUUUUCCGGCUAUUCUCUUUUCAGUCCUGUUUUUGUUGCCGAAAUCGUUUGGAGGAAUUCAAGGGUG